UGAAACAAGCCGUCGAGAGCAGCUGCCUAGAUUCUGUAACUUUUCUUUUUUUUGUGUGUGGUACAUUUAGUAGCUUUAGUGGUAGGAGUUUUUUUCCUUCUGGGGAUGGAACAAACAUCUAUGGCACUUCCUCAGACGGAUCAUUCCUAAACACGAAACCAACACACAAGCGCCCUAGUGAGUUGUUGAUCUGGUACAGCUGUAAUUGCCUCGAUCUCAAACUGCUGGACAGGAGCUGAGAGCAGGUUACACAUAACCAAAUAUGCGCGUAAUUGGAGUGCACUGGCGAGGCUCCCCUUGCACCCAAACCGAGAAAACGUUGUCGUGAUGUUUAAUACUUCGGGAAUUGAGCUCACUCUUAACAAGAACGAGGAUAUUUCCGAAGUUAUCAAUGGCACUUUGCAGAUUCUGUACAACGUCCUCGUCACUAUCAGUCCCACAACCAUGUGGAACGAGUCUUGCGGGGAGCAGCUGCUGGAUUUCGGGCGCCCGGAAAAGAUCAUUAUUGGGGUAAUGUUGGCCAUCAUCACGGCGGUUACCGUGAUGGGAAACACGCUGGUGGUGAUCGCGGUAUGCGUGGUAAAGAAACUGAGGCAACCUUCAAACUAUCUUCUGGUAUCUCUAGCAGUGGCGGACCUGUCUGUGGCCAUAGUUGUGAUGCCGUUUGCGAUAGUAACGGACCUCACCGGGGGCAAGUGGCUGUUUGGACAGAUGUUCUGCAACAUCUUCAUCGGCAUGGAUGUAAUGUGCUGCACUGCCUCCAUCAUGACCCUGUGUGUGAUCAGCGUCGAUAGAUAUCUGGGGAUCACACGGCCCCUCACCUACCCAGCACGGCAGAACGGUCAGCUGAUGGCAAAGAUGAUAUUGGGAGUGUGGCUGGUGUCGGCUUCGAUCACCCUGCCACCUUUCUGUGGCUGGGCCAAAAACGUCCACACUGCCGGUGUGUGCCUCAUUAGCCAAGACUUUGGCUACACCAUCUAUUCCACAGCUGUAGCCUUCUACAUCCCUAUGCUGGUCAUGCUGGUCAUGUACUACAAGAUCUUUAGGGCCGCUCGCAAGAGUGGCGCCAAGCACCGCUUCACUGACCUUGCACGCCGUGAGCGCCUUGAAACAGUGGCUAAUGAAACACUGAGAAUGCAAGGCCUUAAGCCGCCCGGUGUGGCAGAGGAGUGUGCAGCCUUGUCCCGCCUGUUGAAUCGUGAACGCAGAAAUAUCUCCAUCUUCAAGCGGGAGCAGAAAGCAGCAACAACACUGGGGGUGAUCGUGGGGGUCUUUGCUGUGUGCUGGCUGCCAUUUUUCAUCCUGUCCACUGCCAGGCCCUUUAUUUGUGGAGUUGAGUGUAGCUGUGUGCCCAUCUGGCUGGAGCGAACGCUGCUCUGGUUAGGCUACGCCAACUCUCUAAUGAACCCCUUCAUUUACGCCUUCUUCAACCGAGACCUGCGAUCCACUUAUCGUGACCUUCUCCGCUGUCGUUAUCGCAACAUCAACCGCCGACUGUCUGCUGUGGGCGUGCAUGAGGCUCUUAAGGUUUAAAGAACGGUACUUCGGCAGCUUAUACUGACUCCCCAAAACUGGGCUAUGGUGGUCCUGUGCUUGUACACUUGGUGCUUAAACAGCGACGUGUGCACAGCAGUCCUGUAGAUAAGACAAAGACUGACAGAAUGGGAGUCACUGUUGGUGCCUCUAUAGCCCCUCUGCAAAGGCAGGAAGACCGCACGAUCACUUCAGUGUGUGUGUGACUCUGUCAUUCUAUUUUGGGAAAGAAAAUCAUAGAGCGUGUUUGAUGGGCUAUUCCAGUUGACACAUGGCUUUUGUGCAUAUGCCACAAUUCCGUCCAGGUUCUGGAUUUAUGGUAGGAUAAUGUAGUGACAAAGGAAAUGACACGUAAACACAAUCAAUCAUCACAGGGCUUUCAAAUGAAACAGAAAGCAAAUAAAUUUCUGUAUAUGAACAAAAUUGAUGUUUGAUAGGGUAAAACAUCUGCUUUUCACAGUGUCAUUUGCAUCUGAGCACAUCCCAGAUUCAUUUCACACUGAAAGUGGAACUCGUGGAGGUGUUUUGUGCCAGAUUUAAAUUUUAUUUAUACCUCUUAUAGAUGCUGAUGAUUUGAUCCUCUCCCUAUAUUUAAUAGCAGCAACUUAAAUAUUUCACACAAAUGUGGUAAUGCCGAGGGGAUGGAGAUGGGUGGAAAAUGCAUUUAAAAUACAUUCAUGAAAUCUCAGUGUAUUUUGCUAUAAAAAGAAACUGAAAGUAGUUUGUUUUGUCUCUGUAUGAAACAUAUUUGUCUCACAUGCCACUUUGAAUUAUAGGUAUAGUGAAUGACAUCUUGUGUUUCCAUGUUUCACCCACAUGUUAGCACACUCUUGAAUUGAAAAUGAACUCAAUAUUGUCUGUCUAUGUCUAUCUAACUCAUGAUACUGUGGUCUUUUUUAGUUUGCCUUCAUCGGUUUCACUCCACAUUUACACAAACCUGUUGAAUUGUGCAGUCUCAUUUUAACAAUUCAUUUUGUUAAUUGUUAAAUCUUGAAACUGUGUCAUAUCAAUUGAGCUGUGUGUCCUUUUCUACCUCGAUUUUUGAUUUUUGACUGUACAUUUACUCCAAACAGAUGUACCACUGUCUUGCAUCAUUUUGUAAUUAACUGCUAUUUUAUAUUGUGUGAGAUCGAUCUGUCUAUAACUGGACUGUGAUUUGCUCUGUCUGACUACUUUCAGAAAGAAGCUGAGGAAGUGGCAAAGCAUUUCAUCACUUUGUAAAUAAAGAAA